GUCAUAUUUAGAAGAAUAAGGAGGUAAACAAGACAAGCGGAGGAGGCGAGAAAAGUCCUCUUUCAGCAACAAACUAAAGAAAAUACACGGAAAGUAACAACGUGAAGUAACUAAAGGACCGAAGGAAAGGAAGAGGAACAAGAAAACAAGGACGCCAUAAGCAAAACGAAGCACCGGCGGUCACAAGAAGAGGAAGAAGAGGGAAGUGAAGAGCGUGGCGGCGGAAGCUCCUUAAAUUUCCCUUAAUAUUUUCCGGUGCCUGAUGGUGUCCGGCACGUAGCGGUUGCCUCAAGAUGAACACACGCAUGCAUUCACCUUCUUGACCCCCAGGACGCACGGGAAGGUGUCAAAAUGAUUCUGGACGUGGAUGGCAUGCGGGUGUUCUUCCCGUAUGACUUCAUCUACCCUGAGCAGUACUCCUACAUGUUGGACCUCAAGAGAGCCCUGGAUGCAAAGGGACAUUGCCUGCUGGAGAUGCCCUCAGGGACAGGCAAGACCAUCUCCCUGCUGUCCCUCACUGUUUCCUACCUCCUCGCCUUCCCUCAGACGCUCAGCAAGCUCAUUUACUGCUCAAGAACCAUUCCAGAGAUUGAAAAGGUAAUAGAGGAGCUGCGCAAACUGAGGAUAUACAUUGAGAAGGAGACAGGGGAGGCCUCGAAUAUCAUCGGCGUGGGUCUGGCAUCCCGCAAACACCUGUGCAUUAAUCCUGAGGUGAGCAAGGCACGGGACUCUAAGGUAAUUGACAGCGGCUGCCACGCCCUCACCGCCUCCUACGUGCGUGCCCGGGCGCAGCGGGAUGACACCAUCCCCCAGUGCGAGUUUUUUGAGAAGUUUGACCUCCACGGGCGAGAGUUUCCCCUCCCGGCUGGUUGCUACAAUUUUGACGACCUGCGGGACUUUGGACACCAGAAGGGAUGGUGUCCGUACUUCCUGGCGAGACAUGCGGUGGUGGCAGCCAAUGUGGUGGUGUACAGCUACCAUUACCUCCUGGACCCCAAGAUUUCAGAGAUUGUGUCAAAGGAGAUGAAGCGGGAGGCCUGCGUGGUGUUUGACGAGGCUCACAACAUUGACAACAUCUGCGUGGACUCCAUGAGUAUAAACAUCAACCGCAAGAUCCUGGACAAAGCCAAGACUGCCAUCACACACCUCACCGAACACAUACAGAGGGUGAAGAUGUCAGACAGCAACAGACUGCAGGAGGAGUACAACAGGCUGGUGGCAGGGCUCAGACAGGCAGCCUCCCAGCAGGACCUCAUUUCCAACCCAAUACUGCCCAAGGACAUUCUGGAAGAAAACGUGCCAGGCAACAUUCGCAUGGCCGACUAUUUCAUUUCCUUCAUCCGUCGCCUUGUGGAUUUUCUCAAGAUGCGCUUGACAGUGACUCACGCUGUUCAGGAGUCACCUGCUGGUUUUCUGAAGGACAUUCGUGCCAGGGCUUUCAUUGACCGCAAGCCUUUGAGGUUCUGCUCUGAGCGUCUGGCAUCAAUCGUCCGCUCAUUAGAGUUGACAGACGUGAGUGACCUUGCCCCGCUGGUCGCUGUGGCCAACUUUGCGACCUUGGUGUCCACUUACCUGCAGGGAUUUGCCAUCAUCAUUGAGCCCUUCGAGGACAAGGCACCAAACAUCCCCAACCCGAUUCUGUACUUAAGAUGCCUCGACUCCUCAAUCGCCAUCAAGCCAGUGUUCACCAAGUUCCAGACCGUCGUCAUCACCUCAGGAACCCUCUCCCCGCUGGACAUGUACCCGAAGAUCCUGGACUUCCACCCUGUCAUUCAGAGCUCCUUCACCAUGACCCUUGCCCGGCCCUGCAUUUUACCCAUGAUCGUGACGAAGGGCAACGACCAGGUAUCCAUCUCGUCCAAGUUUGAGUCUCGCGAUGACCCGGCAGUGGUGAGGAAUUAUGGGAAGCUGCUGGUGGAGAUGUCGCGGUGUGUACCUGACGGCAUGGUGUGUUUCUUCACCUCCUACCUGUACCUGGAGAACGUGGUGGCCACCUGGUAUGACCAUGGCAUCAUCAGUGACCUGCAGAGGCACAAGCUGGUCUUCAUAGAGACUCAGGAUGAUGCAGAGACUUCCCUCGCUCUUAUUAACUAUAUGAAGGCGUGUGACAGAGGGCGUGGCGGGCUGCUGCUGGCUGUGGCACGGGGCAAGGUGUCCGAGGGUAUCGAUUUUGACCACCACUACGGGCGGUGCGUCAUCAUGAUGGGCAUCCCCUUCAUGUACACACAGAGCAGGAUACUCAAGGCCAGGCUGGAAUACCUCAGGGAUCAAUUCAAUAUCCGAGAGAAUGACUUCCUCACGUUUGACGCCAUGAGGCACGCAGCGCAGUGUGUGGGGCGAGUCAUGCGUGGGAAGACUGACUACGGCAUCAUGCUCUUCGCCGAUCAGAGGUUCUCCCGGGCAGACAAGAGGAACAAGCUGCCUCGCUGGAUCCAGGAGUACCUGAUGGACAGCAAGUGUAAUUUAUCCACUGAGGAGGCUGUGCAGUUAACCCGGCCGUGGCUGAGACAGAUGGCACAACCUUUCACCCGCGAUGACCAGCUUGGGGUAUCCCUGCUGACCCUGGAGCAGCUCAACUCGGCAGACAGCAUUGCCCAGGUGCAGCGUCGGGCACAGAUCACUUUGUAAGGAGUGGCAGAAGAGUGCAUAUAUUUUGUUAUUGUAUUCAGGUACUUGUCUCGCCUCUUGGUGGUGACACGUUGCAUCACUCCACUUGGCAACAGAGGAGCAAGAUUAGUUCAGUGGUCAUGUUUACCUUCCUUAUGGAUUUUAGCAGAGUUGGGCAUUGCAAGCCAUGAAUCAUUUUGGUAUAGUUAUGGUUAGAAGUUGAGUAGUCUUCUGCACUCACUACCUCUGUUUUGUGUUGCCCCUCAGUAUCAAGUCCUCUGAUCUGUUGAGAAUGUAUUGUCAAGGUGAUUGUCAGUAAAAAGGAGACUUAAGAUUGAGAUAAGACACUGUGGACAUUGGGAUUAAGUAUAUGCUACUGAACUGCUGAUCAUGACGACCAUAUCACCAAUCCUAAAUGCCAAGAAGGUUUUCUGGGUUUUUUGUCACUGUUCUGACCAACGUUAGAGGACUUUUUAAGUUUGAGAUUGUCUGCAGUACUGAACUGGAUAUAUUAUUUAUCACAAAUAGAAAGUUUAAGUGUAAAUUGUAGAUUGGCAUUUUCAGGAAGUGUCCAGCUCUGGUAUCAAAUCUUCAACCAGUUUCCUGUUUUCCAUAUAACAUUGCAAAACAUGACAAAGCUUAAAAAUUUAGUCCAUAGGUAUUGCUGUGUUUUGGUCUUGGAUUUCAGUCCUGUGUCAGCCAGUACUCAGUGACAUGCUUAGACUUGAUUUCACUCACAGUAGCCAAUAGUGUUUGUUUUCUUCCUUCAAGAUGGUUUACAUUUGCUUAAUUUGGUAGAGUUGUGUGUGCCACAAAAUUAAAGCUCAUGCACAUCACACUGGGGCUUGUACUGAUGCUGGUAGUGUCACUGGCUACUGACUGUCACAGAACGUGAAAUCCAUCAAAAUAAUACAUUUUCUGUAAAUCUGAAGCUUUCGCAAAAAUUUUUUGGAGGUAAAAAAAAAAAUUACUUUUGUUAAAGCACUGAGAUAUUAACAACAAAUUUUGUUCAUUGUAAUUUCUUAGGGCAAUAUACAAGACAAAGUUUUGGUGGCUGCACAAUGUCAUGCCACCCUGACAAUUCCUACCUGCAACUGUUGCUCCAAGUCAUAUAUGUCAAGGCCGUUUCUUUGUUACCCCUGCUGUGUCCUCAUUGUGGUCCUUGCCAGAUGAAGCCACACUGAUGUAAUAGCUUAAAUAAUUGCUUUGAAGAAGACAGGCCAUGAAAUGAAAGGAAGAAGUGAGCUGGUUGGUGAAGCAAAGUCCAUAGUGUGUGUGCCACUGACAAAGUGGUGGUGGCAAGCUGGCUGUGUGUCUAGGAAAAGCUUUGGUUGUCCCAUGCCAGACCUUCACCACAACAACCAGCACUUUUUUAUCCCUUUGGUUUCAUGGCCUGCAUCCCUCUGGCCUAUGAUGUACAUGUGGCUUCAACAGGUAGAGGCUGUGCCAAGCCAAGCAAGCUGGUAGGGGCAACAGCAAUUUUAUGGCAUUAUGCUUGUAGGCACUGAAACUGUGUCUUGUAUUACACCCAAAAAUGUGAACUAGAGUUGCAUGCAACCAUCAAAAAGUAGUUGUAACAAGAUUUCAGCCUACAGAGGGGCAAAAUGUCCAGAAGUCUUGUUACAACUACUUUUUGAUGGUUGCAUGCUACUCUAGUUCACAUUUUUGGGUGUAAUACAAGACACGGUUUCAGUGCCUACAAGCAUAAUGCCAUAUAAUUGCUGUUGCCCCUACCAGCUUGCUUGGCUUGGCACAGCCUCUACCUGUUGAAGCCACAUGUACAUGCAACCAUCAAAAGUAGUUGUAACAAGACUGCUGGACAUUUUGCCCCUCUGUUCAACCUACAAAGAACUCAUGAGUAUCUUCCAGUAAAUAUUAUGAUACCUGUAA